GCCUCCUCGCCUGGCGCAGCCCCGGAGAUGUCCGUGUGCCGGGAUCUGGUUAGACCGCGGGCCGAUUCGCAGACGAACGGCCGGCGCACCCACGGCUUCCAGAAGCCGUACAAGGUGCGGCAGCUAACGGCGAUCGGGAUCGUGUUGGCGGACGCGGGUUUGUACGGUGUGGCGAUCGCGCCGUAUUUGGAGCCCGAAGGGCCCGAGCACCUGCUCACGGGCCUGUUCUACCUGCAGUGGAUGUGCCUCGCCGUCUUCGGCCUGUCUGCGAUGGCGAUCGACCCCGCAGACCCCGAGGUGCUGGGGGACGGCCCAGAUAGUAUGCGGACGCACCCUGUCUUGCAGGCGGUCGCCAAGGUCCUGCACCUGCGCCCCGACGUCGAGAAGGAGCCGAACAGGCCCCACUGCACCCGAGGCUGCAACUGCCUGGUGCAGAUGAGCAGCAAGCACUGCUGGGACUGCAACAAGUGCGUCUCACG